AUGUCUAUCAACUUUCUCGACACGACUAUCAUUAGAAAUAACGAAAACCUUUUAACAAACUGGUUCCGAAAACCCUCGUUUUCCGGCCGCUAUAUCAAUUUUUACUCCAACCAUCCAAUUAAAUAUAAAACUAAUAUUAUAACGAAUCUAGUCGACCGAGCCAUUUUAUUGUCAGACGAGCGGUUUCAUGAUUCCAAUAUUGACACAGUUAAAGACAUCCUAAAGAACAACUGCUUCCCAACGCACAUUAUAGACAAAUUCAUCAAAAAAAGACUCAAAGAGAUAAAAUACAGCGACGUUAUACCUAGUUCCAAUAAGGAAAAGAACCAGUUCCUACACAACAAGCACAUAGUUACAGUUCCUUACAUACAGAACAUAAGUAACAAUAUUAAAAAUAUUUUAAACGAUAGAGGUUUCUACACUAUAUUUACCAUCCCUAAGAAACUAAACUGCAUCAUCAAAACAGGGAAAGAUCCUCUCGACAAACUCAAUCAAAAAGAAUUGAUAUACAAAAUUGAAUGUAAGGAUUGUGACGCUUGUUAUGUAGGACAAACGAAACGACACCUAAAAACACGUAUAAAAGAACAUGAGGCCAACAUCAAGAGAGAACACAGUGCACACUCAGUGGUCAGCCAACACCGUGAAACUCUACAUCAUGAUUUCAAUUGGUUGAACACUAAAAUAUUACGGAGAAACACACAAAGAAACGAGAAAUCGCUGAAAUGA